CAAAAUAUGUACGCUGUUUUCAGCCUGACUUCCACGUACGGCCACAGUCAGCUGAAAACUGGGCAUCCCGUCCGCUCUGCCAUACAUAAGCAGUUGAACGGCAGAUUAGUACUACGGUGGGUGACCACGUGGGAAUCCCUGCUGCUGUACGUUUUGUUCUUCUUUUUGCUCCUAAUCUGUGGCAUGCUUGAUCAUCUGCACCUCUGA